AUGGGCUGGCAGUGUGGUGCAGCUCAGCCCAUUUUGAUGGAUGAGGAGCUUGUGCAGAAGGCAGUUGAUGAACAAACUCCUCGAGAUCAAGCUGGGAGAAUUGCCAGGGCGGAGGGAAUACAUCUCAAUGAAGUCCUCACAAUACGUCUGGACUUCAGACACAUCCUGAAGAUUGACAACUUAUGGGACCUCACAUCCUUGACCAAGCUUUAUCUAAACAACAACUUGAUAGAGAGGAUUGAGGGCCUGGACCGUCUGGUGAAUCUAACAUGGCUCAAUCUGUCGUUCAACAGAAUAGAAAGAAUUGAGGGUCUGGAGUCUCUGCGGAAGCUUGAAUAUCUGAAUUUGUCCAACAACAGAAUCUCUGUCAUUGAAAACAUGGGUGAAUUUGAGAAUCUCUCUCAUUUCUACAUCUCAAACAACCUCCUUGAACAACUGGAUAAUGUGCUCUCCCUCAGGAAAUUCAAGAAACUGUUCGACAUCAACCUAUCUGGAAAUCCUCUCUCAAAGGAGGAUGGAUACAGUUACUUCAUUGCUGCCUUCUUUCCAAACUUGACGUGCCUAGACUUCAGAUUACUUAGUGAGGAGAAAAAAAAGGAAGCAUCUAUCAAACACUACCUAGCCGUCGAGAAAAUGAGACAAGAAGAGGUGCAGAAACAACAAGCCGAUGAUGCUGAGCAAAGCCAGGAAGCAGAACUCCAAUUACACACAGACGCCUUUGUGGAAAACCUCGAUGGAUCCAAUCUGUUUAAGAGCAUGUUCAAAGACGAUCCAGAAGCGGAGACACUACGUUGUGUGACAGGAGUGGCUCAUCUGCUUCAAACAUUUGAGCAUCAAAUGGGGGAACUGUGUGAGCAGUUACUUGAAAUAGGCUUGGCAGAGCAUAAACGAAGAGAGGCAGAGGUAAACUCCUUCCUCAGCGGUCACACAAAGAUGGUGACAGACUACCAGAAGAAAGCAUCACAGGUUUUGGUAGAAUUUGAGCAGCAACACAAAGAGACGAUGGUGGAGCUCAGGCAGUUAACAGACCCAGACAAGCUGCAUGUCAAGAUCGGUCACUGCAACUAUGCAAUCGACCAGCUCUCAGACAGCCUAAUGUCACUGGAGCUUAAGCUCAAUAGCCAGUUACAGGACAUCAUCAAAGAGUUUGACAUCAACAUCUCUGACAUGGUUGGCAGCUUCACUGAAACUGUGCAAGGGAUAUUUGCCCAAUUUCGAGAUCUGGAGGAUGCUUAUCAUCAGAAAGUGCGAGAAAUUGCUUUGGCAACUCUGGAGAAAGUGGCCUCGGACAGCGUGGGAGAGGACAUGUCAGGUGACGUUAGAUGGCUGUUUACAGACAAAAACAUGGUGAUGGACGCACUGGCCACCGGCCACGAUAACCACCUGCUGAAGAUCAGUGACAGAGAGGCUCAGUGUGUUACACGUGUCGAGGCCUGGAAAGUGUCCCUGGUUAAAGGGACUCAAGACAAAGAACGUAAGCGGAACCACACUUGCCUCUCAGACACCCUCAAGUAUAUCGACCAUUUGCGGGAGCAGCUGGAGGAGUUCCAGUGGCAAGAUCUUUGA